AUGAAAUCAAUCAUUGGAUUGAGCGCCCUGGGCGGUGCCCUAGCAUCCUCUAAUGCACAUAUCGGAUUUGUUGCGCAACAGCCUCUCCUACACAAUGUCUGCCCUGCAAACUUUAUCCUUCACAACGAAGAAUGCCGGCCCUCAGCGCAGGUUACCUUGUCCACACCGGCGCCGACUUUCGAAUCAAACACUACACAAAUUGCGCCAUUCACAAAUUCGCUGGAAGACGCGCAAAAAUUAGCCUCGCAAACCGAAAACUUCCCCUGGUCCUACUGGCCCGAAUGCUUUACUCCAAAAGACGAAGAAGACGCUGACCCAAACCCCUUUUGCGUCUUUACCAACACCACCUUCGCAUCCGGACGAGGAAUCUCAAUCGUCACCACCAAAGCCAACGCCUACUCGAUACUAAAAAACCACGCCUUCACCGACCCUGCCUCUCUCAUACGCAGCAACAACUAUGAAAACCCACCCUUCUACCAACACGAGUUCCCCGGCAAAGGCCGCGGGCUCGUCGCCAACAAAACGCUCAACCGCGGCGACCAAAUCCUCGCCUCAACCCCCAUCAUAAUCACCGACGUCGACCUUGACGAGCUCCCCGAGCCCGAACGUCUCGCGCUGCUCUACCGCGCCGUCGAUUCCCUGCCGCCCUCCAGCCACACACUCUUCUGGACCCUAAUGGGGCGCUCCGCACCAGGCGAAGACGACCCCAUCGACGACCGUAUGACCACAAACUACUUUGAGCUCACCCUCUCCGGGGAAACCCUCUCCGGUCUCUUCCCAGAAAUUGCAAUGAUGAAUCACGACUGCAGACCAAACGCUGCCUACUUCUUUGACGAAGAUACAAUGACGCACUACGUCCAUGCUAUCCGGCCCAUCUACCCAGGCGAGGAAAUCACCAUAACGUAUAUUAACAACGAAGUUACCCGCGUGCGCCGCAUGGGGCGGCUACGCACGAAUUGGGGCUUUACGUGUGCCUGCUCGGCGUGUAGUGCGCACCCGCUCGUAACCGCCGAGUCGGACGCGCGAAUCCUCCAGAUCGAAGAGACACAGAAACUACUUAAUGACUGGACCAACGCAUCGACUGCGACGCCCGCGCUGGCAGAGUUGCUAGUGAGUUUGGUUGAGCAGGAGCGGUUGCAUGCGGGGCUUGCGACGGCGUACCAGCAUGCGGCCGAGGUGUAUGCGAGUUUUGGACAAAAGUGGGAGACGGUGAGGUAUGCGCGGAAGAGUUUGGAGGUUACGCUGCUGGAUAAGGGGUGGGCGGAUAGAGAUGUGGCGGCGACGAGGAGGAUGGCGAGGGAGCCCGAGAAGUCGUGGGCUUGGGGGAGGCGGGUAGGGUUGGUGAAGAAGAAGAAGGAAGGGGGAUGUGGGUGUGGGAAAGAGCAUUCUGAUCAUUCAUGA